UAGGCCCCCUGGGGGCGUAAGGCCCUGGUCCGCGUCGUGGGCCCGGUGCCAGCCCAGCGCGCGGGCGGGGCGCCCCGCAGGAAGCAGGGCAUCAGGUUGGAAGUGCGAAAGCUGUGGGAGCUCCUCUCGGCUUGAAGAAGUGGUGGUUUCGGUUUUGGAGGUGCUUUCGAAGCGGGUAUAGGGAGGCGGCCGACCGGGUUUUUCUACAUGAGUGGAGAAGGUAGAUGUUGCAAGUAGAAGAGAUACAACAUUUUUUUAGGAUGUCUGAAGAUGAAGAAAAAGUGAAAUUACGCCGUCUUGAACCAGCUAUUCAGAAAUUUACUAAGAUAGUAAUCCCAACAGACCUGGAGAGGUUAAGAAAGCACCAGAUAAAUAUUGAGAAGUAUCAGAGGUGCAGAAUCUGGGACAAGUUGCAUGAAGAGCAUAUCAAUGCAGGACGUACAGUUCAGCAACUCCGCUCCAAUAUCAGAGAAAUGGAGAAGCUUUGUUUGAAAGUCCAAAAAGAUGACCUUGGACUUCUGAGGAGAAUGAUAGAUCCUGUUAAAGAAGAAGCAUCAGCAGCAACAGCAGAAUUUCUUCAACUCCAUCUGGAAUCUGUAGAAGAACUUAAGAAACAAUUUAAUGAUGAAGAAACUUUAUUACAGCCUUCUUUGACCAGAUCCAUGACUGUUGGUGGAACAUUUCACACUACUGAAGAUGAAGCUGAUCCUCAGAGUAUGACUCAGAUAUAUGUGUUGCCUGAAAUUCCUCGAGAUCAAAAUGCUGCAGAAUCAUGGGAAACCUUAGAAGCGGACUUAAUUGAACUUAGCCAACUGGUCACUGAUUUCUCUCUCCUAGUGAAUUCUCAGCAGGAGAAGAUUGACAGCGUUGAAGACCAUGUCAACAGUGCUGCUGUGAAUGUUGAAGAGGGAACCAAAAACUUGGGGAAGGCUGCAAAAUACAAGCUGGCAGCUCUGCCUGUGGCAGGUGCACUCAUCGGAGGAGUGGUGGGGGGUCCGAUUGGCCUCCUUGCAGGCUUCAAAGUGGCAGGAAUUGCAGCUGCACUUGGUGGUGGGGUGUUGGGCUUCACAGGUGGAAAAUUGUUAAAGAAAGAAACAGAAAAUGAUGGAGAAGCUCACUUCCAGCUGUCCAAAUCUUCCCAGCCAAACUGACAAAAAAUGCAGUUAAAAACCAAACUUCAGUAUUACUGGCGCCAACAUGUCUAUCCUUUGCUGCUGUUGGACACUCAGUCAGUUUUUGGAACAUGAUUAUAUCAAAAUAGUGGCUGUAGAUGCUCAAGUGGGAUUGAACUGUGAUAAGUUGAUGUAUUUUGUUGUUUGCUGGGGUGUUAAUGGGGAUGUUAGAGAUUGAGGAGCCUGGACUGAGGGUGUACAAUAUUUGUCAGGUAAAGUUUAAGGACUGCCGGGUAACAGAUUUUUUACCUGGAAAUGUGAAAACCCAACCAUAACUUUGAUAAGGACUUGUGAUGUGUGAACAUGUUGGGUUACGGAAGGAUAGUUUUCAGAAUAGUUUUUUCCAUAAGCCUGACUUGGAGACUCCAAGGCUAAGCAUAUUGUAAAUAUGCUUCUUUAUCUCCUAAAUAUAGAUUUUUUAGGCAUUUUAGCAGAGAAGAGAAUGGAAGUUCAGCUUUUCGUAUCAAAUAGGGAAAUCAGGAUCUAGCAAGGUGCAUGAGUAAACUGCAUAACGGAGUCCAUUUGGUGAGCCCUACUGCAAUUUGGUCUAACAAUAUUUUCAAGUGAAGGAAACAAAUAGUGUAAGAAAAUGGAAAGAGAGGCCCAACUUCUCUUUCAGGUAUCUUAAUUUAUGACCCUGGCUUCUUCUCUGAACUCUUUUUUUCUGCCUCUCUGUAAAUAAAGAACACAGAGUCUCAAGUGGUAGACUUAUAAAGCCAGUCACUAAGCUUGCUCUGUCAGCCUGUCUCUUAACACCUCAAAUAUCUAGUCCCCUCUGCCUUCCCUCCCUUGUAAUUUUGAAAAGUUCUUUGACUUAUGGGGUGAAUUCUACCCAUGUGUAAUGCAGACUUCUCUCAUAAUCUGUUUUUUUUUUUUAACAUCUUUUUUGGGGUAUAAUUGCUUUGCAAUGGUGUGUCGGUUUCUGCUUUAUAACAAAUGUUUGGGUUUUUUUUGUUGUUGUUUUUGGGUGUUUUUUUUUUUUGGUAUUGGCUGCCAUCUUUGUUCAUCCUCUACUGUAACCUCUAGGUAAAAAAGAAAGUGAGAGAGAGGUGUCGAUUUCCAAAUACUUCCAACACUGUUAGACUUUUAGCUAAAAAAUAAGCAAGGAGGGAACACCAGAUCAUUUCUUGGGGCAUCUUACAAUUUCAGGGGGCUCAUGUACUUGCCGUGCAGGGAGUGUUUGACCCUAAGUCUCUUAAGCUGGCACUUGGAGGAGCUAAGAACUAGCUUUCUACCUCAUUUCUGUUUCUACCAUCCUUUUCCCCAGGCUUUACCAUCUCCUGUGAUUCCUUCACUUUGCACAGCUGCUGUUUCUUCCCAAGAAUGGCAUUCAUGCUUGCCUUUUCUCACAUUCAAGGUUGAUGGUGGACAAAGCCUGGCCAAGACUCAGUCCUGGUGGAGGAUUUGUGGUGCUAAUCUCAACACUUGACAUUGACAGCAAGCAUGGCUCAGCCCAAUCCACUGUCUAUCUCAAAUAGCAGAAAAGUUUUAAAUUAAAAAAAAAAGAACUUAAGAUUAUAUAGGCAGCCUCAUCCUGUACCCUCAACUCAUUUGAAAUAGGAAGGAACCACCUUUUGCCUUAUUCUUUAUUUUCUGAGGACAGAGGAAAGGGCACCUACACCACAGAAGGUGUGAACUCUCUGCUCAGGAGCCAAAUGGAUUCAUCAAGUAGUUGAAUGGUUUAUCACUUCUCUCUUGCUGAGUUUACUCUUAAUAACUUUUAUUGAUUGCUACCUUUUACUUCUAUAUCUAAUCUAAAGAGACCUAUCUCUUUCAUACUUUUUGCUUCUCACCAGUGAAUUCCAAUGAGGCAACACACCAUUUCUCAUUGUUCUUAAAUAACUGGAAAACAUCCACUAUUGCUACCUGCUGACUCAUAUCUUUAAUAUAAUACCAAGAAGGAAGUACUUUGAGUAAGUGUCAGAUUCUGAUCCAGUAUUUGAUAUGUGAUAUUUAUCCCAACCUUACAGGUUGGGAUAAAUACUUUUGGACUCCUUCUUUUUAUAUUUUCUGAUCCUUGCUGUCCCUUUAACACAGGGCCUUCAAACCAGAAUGAGGAUCAGAAUUGCCCAGGACGCUAAUAUAAAACAAGAUUCCUAAACUUCAGUCCCAUGGGUUCUAAUAAUAGCCAAUCUGGCCUGGUCAGCUAAAAUUAUAAAUUUAAGAUACAGUUAUAUCAAGAUUCAGCUGUAUCAUUGAAUUCUGUCAUUUCUAGUAUUCUACCCUUCAGCCAACCUAAAAUUCUUAUUCUGCCAACCUAAAAUUGGCUAGCUCACCAUCUUAACAGCACUAGGGACUCAUUAUACUGUCAGGCUGGUUUUACCUCAAGACAUGAAGGAGAAAGGAGGCCUGUUAUUGACCCUCACAGUUUGAUUUGGGAGCUCCCCUUUUUACUGAGCCAGUGUGGGACAUCACUGUAUGUGCUCAUAUAGCUCUUUGAUUUUUACUAAUCAUCAGGAUUUGAAUAUUACUCUAACAGUCUUCAUGCUUAGGCAAGUUACAAUCCUUUUAAACAUUUUAUAAUUUAAAAUUAUUUAGAAAUUGUAUCUAAUUUUCCCAUAAUAGAACCUAAUAGCCAACUUCUUGUAGAAAUUCUAGAUGUGCUUAAUCAACUAUAAAUAAUAUACCUAUAAACUAUAAAGUGUUUAGAAGUAUAAAUUAGUCUAUAUAACACAGAAACCAAUCUUAAAAUUGAAUUUAAUACCCUACUGUAUCAGAUUAAAUUCAUCUUCUCUAUGAUUCAUGUCUUAUUUUUACUGCAACAAGUUAGAAGGUAAGGAACACUUUAAGUUCUUAAAAUUUACAGGGUCUCAUUUGGAUCAAGGCAGCAUUCCUAAAGCCUUUUUAAUAAAAUAAUCUGAGAAUUUCUCUGUAGAGCAGAGACUUUGAAACUUUUUGGUUGUAAUCCACAGUAAAAAAUGCAUUUAUAUCAAAACUCAGCAUGUGCAUUAUGGAACAAUACUUGCCAUUAUGUGCAGUGUACUCUGAUGUUUUUUAUUGUUUCAGUUUUUUAAAUAUUCUAGUUGUAACCUACUAAAUUGAUUUCAUAAUCUACCAAAGGGUUUUUUGACCCUUAGUUUGAAAAAAAAAAAAAACCAUCCUUAUAGAGGAACUGAUAUUUAUGGAGUAUUUUCUGUUUGCCAGGCACUUCACUAGGCAUUUUACAGGUAAGGAAACUGGGUCUCAGAGAAGGUAAAUAAUUUGCAGAGGGUUAUUCAACUACAAAAGGGUGAAGCCAGGAUGUAAACUAGGUCUGUUGAACUACAAAAACUUCUGUUACUCUCAUACUGUGUUGCUUCUGUAUAUUAAAAUUGAGAUGGGCUAUUCACUGUGCUUCACCCAAACACCCAUAUAUUCUGUAAGGCAGGCUUGCUUUGAAAUUACACAUGCCAUUCAUUUGCACUUUUCUUAAAAUCUUCUGUUUCCUCACCAAAUGGCCAGCAGCCUCGAAGUUUUUAAUGGUGGCCAAUGCAGAAGUACGUAGUGCUGAAUUUGGUCCUUAGACUAUAAAUAGUGUUUCCAUCCCACCCACACAUCCUACAAAUUUCCUUAUAUUUGUGAGUCAUAGCCAUCACUUAAGCAGUGCUUUUUAUAUUGAAUUUUAAAAUAAACUUUAAUAUUUUUUAAAACAAUCAUAACUCAUAGAAUCAAAUGAUUAUCCUUUAAAAUGGUACCCUUGGGAGGCCAUGCACUUACUGUAGUGAUGCUAGUAUUACUUAGAAUAUUUUUGAAACUCUUUUGGAAUUGCCUCUAAAGACAUUUUACAAAUCACAUUAAAAAAAAGCCAUCUCAGUGUUUAUCAGUCGCAGACUAUGCUCCCUUGUCCUUAUGACCUCUUCUCUCUUCCUUCCUCAGUUUUGCUUUUCUUCUGCUGAUUUAGCUCUCCUACCCACCUAAGCUGGAGCCAGUAACCUAAGAAGCCCCAGAAAAGGGGUGUGCUGGCCAGAGUUCCUGGAGCAAGAACUUUCAGGUUAUACUGAAGCCGAGUGCUGUAUAGGGAGAGUUCUGCGAAUCCAAAAACCUUCCUCUGUGGGCUGCCUGCCUGCCCGAAUGAAUGAAGCAAAAGAAGAAAUCUGGAUAACAUCUCUAAGACUUGGAAGUCAUGAAUUGAAAAUUUCAGAAUUUGGAGCUAAGGAGCCUGAGGCCUGGAGUAGAUUGGACAAAAUAAGAAGACUUCCACCUUUAAUAUUGUCUGAUUCGUGCAUGGUUCAGAGGGGAAGAAGUCUAAAUUGUGAGUUCUAGAUUCCUGGAAGUUCUCUCUUUACAUCCAGCUGAUGACAAAUCCCUGUGGAAUCUCUUGUAUUUGUUCCUCUCCAUCUCUACUGUCACUGUCUUAGUUCUGGCCGUUCUCUCUCCUCUACUGGACUCAAUUUAAUCAUAACCUAGACCUGCUACAGUGUUCUUUCUCAAACUUAAAUAUGAACAUACUUGCAUAUUUAAAUUUGUUGCUGGAUCUCUACUGGCUAUAAGAUACAGUAAAAACCCCUUCCUUAACUUGGCAUACAAGGCCCUGCACAAUCAGCUCCAACUUUCUUUCUCACUGCCCUAGCCACAGGCCUUCUCCCCACCCCGACCCUGCACUAGCCCUGUGGCAAGAACUUAUUUUAUCUAAUGCAUUUUGCUGUUUCGCACUUGAGCUUGUUAACUUUCUAUAAAAUUGGGCACCAAGUCCUCGUGAGUGCUGAGCCUUUCAGGGAUACAAAAUUACCCAAGGUCGCUGCAUAUCUCAUUCAUUAAAUAAACAUAUGAUGAUGACUACUAAGUGUCCAGAAAUGCUAGACACUGGAGAUACAGGCAUACAAUUCAGUAUCCUUGUCCUCAGUGGCUUCACACUCUAGAGAAGACAGUGAUAGUGGCAGGGCUAGAGCUUAAGUCCCCAUAUGCAUGAAUGCUAAAUAAAGUCUCAGAUCCACUCACUUUUUUAACAGCCACUCAGUUAUCUUAGAUCACGUUGAACAUGUGCUCCUUGAGGCCUUUAUCAUAAUAACUACUCUCAAACCAUUCUGUGCAACCCAAUUCUUAAGUGUUAUCUUUUGUUUACUAUUUUUUAAAAGCCAAUUACAGGAUUACAAAUUUAUUCCAGUCAACUGCAGGUGCUGCUUUUGGUUUUGUGUGCUAGUUUAAUGUUUGUAACUUUUCAUUCUGACCACCUCACAUUUGGUCCAUCUUCUGACCUGAAGACUGUAGCUCUGAUUUCAAAGUUAAUGAUUAAAAGCAAUGAAGAGAACAGAACUAAGGCCCAACCUUUAGGAAGCUCUGUCCUGCUUUUCUAGCAUUUUCUACUAAACAUGCCCCUUACUACCUUGUUAAGUGUUCAUUUAUUAUUCUAAAUGAAAUGAUGGGUAAGUCAUGCAUAACUAAGAAUUUUAGGCUGAUUUUUAAAAAUAACAAUCAUUAAAUAUUUAUUAUAAAUAUUUAUUUUAAAAGAAUUGGAAGAUGUUACAUAUAUUACAUACUACAUAUAAUGGCACAUGUCAGCCUUUUAAGCUUAAAAAUAAUCUUUCCCCAAACUGGGAUUGACUUAGACUCCAAGUAUAAAAUGACUCUUGGCCUAUAGCACCAACCCAGGCCCAGAGGAAAGCCAAUUUUGAACCUGUCCUCUGGCAUUGGGCUUCCUGAUAUGACAUUGAGGGUCCUCUCCCUCUGGUUUUGUUCCCUGGCAGUAUUGAGGCCUGGCACAGGGACCCAUUUGACUACACCGCAGGCCUAGGAGAUCAGGGAAUCUAUAGGGCGUAGGGUUCUCUAACAAUUUUACAAUGGAAAAACAAAACAAAAACAAAACAGCCUAUGUGCCUUAUUGUCUUCAUUUUUGAUCUAUACAACUAGAACAAGACUACAAGAUAGAAGAAGGUUAGAAUUACUGAAAUACAUUUUCUCUGUUGGUUUUUCUCUUUGGAAAUUUAAGUAUCAUGAUAGGAGGAGCCUUAAAAGACAUCUAGUUCAAUAUUGGUAAUCUGUUCCACUAGUAUCUCCUUUUCCCAGAUUUAGGUAUAAUUCAAAGUUUUAAAUGCCAUCCAUAUGACACUUUGUUAGACAAACACAUAGAAAUUUAAUAACACUUUUCAUUUUCUUUUUCUUAAUUCAUAAGGACAAUUCCUGCCAAAUGUUCUGGCUUAUGGCUCUCCUCCUCUUCAUAGUAUGUUUAAGUUACACAUUAAGAAUCCAAAAAAAACCCACUAUGGAAUUUUCAUAAGCUAUAUCCAACCAAUCAGUAAAACACAGUACACAGUGUGAAAAUUUUAAUUUAUUCCCCCCCC